CCGCUGUGCCAAUCUCGCGGCCCUCGCCCACUCCACUUGUCCUAGAUUCCGUCUUCCUUUAAUUCUUCUGCUUACCAACUGUCUUGUCUCUCAACAGAUGUAGUCCUCCCAUGUUGAUGGCCCAAUGGCUCAUGACUGGGAAUCAAUUCUAAUUCUGGUCCUGCUGCUCCAGCAUUAGUUUUAUUCUCUACUUUUGUAGGAUUAUUAAAGUAAAAUGGAAGGCAAAGGGGCAGGGGAAGGCGCGUAGACAAAUCAUAAACAAAGUGAAACUGAAGGGGGGAGAGGGAUGAAGAUAACGGCUCUUCUGGUAAUGAAAUGGCAAGGCGAUUCCAUUGAUCCUGUGAUCCUGGCCAACGCAUGCGACGUGAGCCAAUUCGGCUAUUUCCAGAGGAGUGGUGCCAAGGAAUUCAUUGUGUUCGUGGGACGAACCGUGGCCAAACGAACCCCACCUGCCCAGCGCCAAUCUGUCCAGCAUCAAGAAUACAAGGUUCAUUCUUACAACAGAAAUGGCCUCUGCGCUUUGGGCUUUAUGGAUGACAACUACCCAGUGCGAAGUGCCUUUUCUCUUCUCAACAAGGUAUUAGAAGAGUAUCAGAAGAAUUUUGGGGAUUCUUGGAGGAAUGCUCAGGCAGAUGUCACUCAACCAUGGCCUUAUCUAAAUGAAGCUCUAACCAAAUUUCAGGACCCUGCAGAGGCUGAUAAGUUGCUGAAAAUUCAGAGGGAUUUGGAUGAGACCAAAAUUAUCCUUGUGAGUGCUGAAAUUGUGCAAGAUUUUACUUGUAAUGCAUUCUGCGGCCUCCCCAUUACUCUUCUAGUAUUCCCUUGUGCUUUUGCCCCCUACUUUGAUUUUCUCCAAGAUAAGUUUUUAUCCUUCUUCCAAUUCAUAUAUUCCUUGGCCUGUUCAGUACUUAGAAAGAAAAAAAAAUUGUCUUUGUGGUCAAUAAAGAAGUUAUGUGACUGGGUCUGUAUGACUAUACCAUUAAAAUGAAUCUAUACUUGCUGAAUUUAUGUUGGAUACUGCAUGCUAAUUUUUGUAACACUUCUGAUUGGACUAAAAACAACACUUCAUAUAGCUUAAAUUUAAAAUGUCCAUUUGAUUAAUCUGGCUGCGGGUAAAGAUUCAUAAAUCAGAAGAAGCUAAUUCUGAUUUUUAAGUUAAUUAUGCCCAGGAAUUUGUUUUCAACUCUGGUUGUUGCUAUAUCUGUCAGUGACUCCCUAUUUUAGUGGAUUCAUAUAAAUGCAUUACCCAAAAUCUUUGCAUUACCAGUGCCUAACAUUAAUGUAAGAGAUGACAAACUAGACAUAGAAAAUAUACAAACAAAUACAAAAAAAGGAAUGUACUAAUUGAUUAAAAAAUUAGUACAUUUAUAUUCAUGGGAGAUUGAACAGCACCGUAAGUUAGGGCGUCCUGUGUAGGACACUUUCAUCUGUAUUAGUUCCCAGCAACCAUGUCAGUUUCCAGUACUUUAAAUUCCUUUAUGUUACAUAUAUGAUAAACAUAUGUUUAUGCAUAUAUCAAGUGAACCUAGCAGUUGAACCAGUGAACAUCUCCCUUACUCACCUGUGUCCUUUCCUGGUUUGAUAACCAUAAAACAUGGGAAUAGAACUGGGAAGGAAACAUAUAGAUUUGUUUUUGCUUCUUCCACAUGGAUUUGCUUUUUCAUCUGCCAUAUAGAGUUUCUUGGUUCAAUUUGUAUGCAACGUCACAUAUUUACUUCUGGCAAUGAACUCUCCAUCUUUGAAACCGUGUAAAUUCAAUUUUCCCCUUUUAGACAAUUUAGCAGCACCAACCAAUCAAAUACGGCUGGACCUGUUAAUAACAGUUUUAAAAUAUCCUUUGUGUCAUUCAUGAUUGUUUCCCACCCUUGAUUUUUCUGGCCAUAUUUUGUGGGGCAUAUUGCUUAGCUGUGCAGUAGACCGAUAAUUCAUGUAAAUUCUGCAAAUCUAUGUAGAUAAAAAUGAUGGGAGGAAAAAUCUAAAAGGUUUGCCUUCAUUUUGGAUCAUCUUCCAAAAGUGGAAGAUGCUUGGUAGUUCAACUGACAAAAUGUAUUACAAUGUGGGUGCAAGUUCCUGAUGAGAUUGAACACCUCCUUCAUUUGCUUGCAUAUAAAUUUAGAAGGGAUCAAUGUUUAAAAAGUACUUGUUUUGAUCAGGAAUAUCAGUUGCAGAAUUGAAAUGUUCUGCUGACUUUUUCUGUUUUCUUAUCUUACUG